AUGGCGGUCGCAUCGAUACAGGACCGAACUGCCGAGUUCAAAUCGGUCCUCGCGCAAGCACAACGUCGCCAGGCCUCGACUAAGGUCGGCGCUCAAAGGCGAUCUCUCCUUACCGACUCUCAGAAGGCCGCCGCCGAUGGCGAUUCCCGACCUCGGCGCUCCGACUUUGCGCGCCAGGCGGCGCAGAUUGGAAGAGGAAUUUCGGCCACGAUGGGCAAGCUCGAGAAGCUGGCAACACUGGCGAGACGCAGAACUUUAUUCGACGACCGGCCGGUCGAGAUCAAUGAGCUCACGUACAUUAUCAAGCAAGACCUGAGUGCUCUUAAUCAACAAAUCGGAAAUCUACAAGUUUUGACGAAGCAGCAGCAUCCGAAGGCUGAUCAAGAGGGAGAGCAUAACAAAAACGUCGUCUUCAUGCUCCAGGGCAAGCUGACGGACGUCUCGGCUAACUUUAAGGAUGUCUUGGAGGAGCGAACCAAGAACAUCCAGGCCUCGAGGUCGAGGACAGACAACUUCAUCUCCAGUGUCUCUCAACACACGCAACCGCCAUUGCAGCAAUCGGCAUCGCCCUUGUACGGAACUCCUCACAGAGGAACGCCAUCACCGGGCGCUGACCUUCUCUCGUUGAAUCCUCCUGGGGAUCAGCAACUUCUACUCAUGGAAGAGGCGCAACCACAAAACACGUAUAUUCAAGAGAGAGGCGCGGCGAUUGAGAGCAUCGAAUCAACUAUUGCCGAGUUGGGAUCUAUAUUCGGACAGUUGGCGACCAUGGUGUCAGAGCAGAGUGAGAUGAUCCAGCGAAUCGACGCAAACACGGAGGAUGUUGUCGACAACGUGCAAGGGGCGCAGAGAGAGUUGCUCAAGUACUGGGGGCGUGUCUCGAGCAACAGAUGGCUCAUCGCUAAAAUGUUUGGUGUACUUAUGAUUUUCUUUCUGCUUUGGGUCCUUAUCGCAGGUUAA